AAAAGUCCUCUUUCUAUAAGCAAAUUCAAAAUUAAAGCACCCUCUUUUUUUUUUUUGAUACAAAUCCAAAUUGAAUCUGUCCCCUCUUUUUAGAAAGAAAUUCAGGUUGAAUCUUAGUAAAAGCACCACAACCCACACCACCACCUGCAUUUUCACCCCAAGAGCCAUGUCCACCCUCCCUCUCUCACUAAUCUUCACUAUACUCUUCACAACACUGUCCCUCACUCCACCCUCUAGAGCUUCAUGCCUUGAUUCAUGUGGCCAAAUUCCCAUAAAAUUCCCCUUGGGCUCCUCCCUAGGGUGUGGCCACCCCUCUUUCUCACCAUACAUCCAAUGCCUAAACAAACAGCUCCUUCUCCAGACCCCCACCGGCGAAUAUCCGAUCGUCUGGUUAAAUUACCAAAAUGCCACUCUCCUUGUAUCCGACCCUCAGAUGUCGACGUGUGCCACCAUGCAGAAUUCUGGGAGCUUUGGUCUCGGCCCCUCGAUGCCCUUCAUGCUAGACCCGAAUGACCGGUUUGCCCUUCUUGGCUGCUCCUCCUCCUCUCCAGUAUUCGACAUGGACGCCCCCCUCUGUGACACUGAGGGGUCACACAUGUGCAAUGCACUAUACAAGUGUGAGGGCAUUUCAGGAAUUGGAUUGGAGCCCGAUGAGGUCUCGACGUGUUGUGUUUAUGAGCCCAUCGGUCUUGGGCCCUCUAGGCAACUGAACUUACCUGGGCUUCAGUGUUCUUCUUAUACAAGUGUUUAUAGCUAUGGAGGUGAUGAAGAAGAUGCAAGGAAAUGGAGGUAUGGGAUCUCUUUGAAGUAUAGUGUUGGUCAAAAUGACACCUACGAUUCGAGUGCUUGCGAGGAGUGCGAGAGGAGCGAUGGUGCAUGUGGUUUCGGUGGCCCGACUCAGUCGUUUCUUUGUGUGUGUCGGAACGGCAUCAACACGACUCUGAAUUGCUAUGGUCAAGGUUAUGCAUGGAGUGGGACACCUGCCUGUUGGACCGGGAAUUGGAACCAUAUACUCAGGUUUAUCAUGAUACUUGGGUUGGUUCUCUACAUUUGAGUGGGUGUUCACACUUGAAGAUAAUGUCACAAGACCUUAUGCCAUAAGCAAGAGACAAAUCACAAAACAGGGUUGAACUGCUUCAGUAGUCCAACUACUUGGGCUGGGUUAAAUUUUGAUACAACAAGAAGACUAUGGUUGGAGGACCCUCCAGUUUUGAGGAAUGGAAUUAACUAUAACUUGGAUGGACGGCUCAGAUUGAGUGGACAUGCUCCAUUCAUGUGUGUGGAGUGGAUGAUUUAUAUUGUAUUGCCUGUUGGUUGGAGUUUUGGACAACUAUGUGCUUAGGGGAAGAAAAAGUAAGAAAUGUUGAUGGGUCAUGUCA